AUGAAGAGUCUUAGUGGGUCGAUAUUUCCACCACCACCACCAGCAACGACAACAGCGUCAAUUCAGGAAAAUAUUGACUACGAUGACGAAGACGAGGAUUCCCCCGCGUCGACUAUUGUGCCCCCUUCACCCCUCGGAUCACGUCGAAACUCGUUUAUAAACCAUGGCGGAGCCACAGAAGAAGAUACUACUACCAGCACCGGAGAUAAUCUCAGCUCCAGCAUCGAGUACGACAUCAUCGCCCACACUAACGGGCUAUAUCCACAGUCCCAAAGUGCAAAGAGCAAUACAGGACCUCUGCCCAGUUCUCCAGAAACACCUCGAAACCCUCGAUCAACCGCCCCUGGACUUACCUCCAUGCAUGAACAACGAGGAAGCCAUCAACGCAAUGCAACUCAUCACGCAACAAUUCAACAAACAACGCGAGGAGAACAGCAGCAACAACAACCUCGACCUUACGAGCCAGUGGCAAACAAACAGAGCCGCACUUAUAAAAAUCCUUCUCAUCCUCCUCAAACACCUCGAAUGGAAGGCCGAGCACCGCCGCCAACGCAAACUGAAGCGUCUCCCGCAACGCCAACGGUAUCUGCAUCAAAACUACACCCGCGAGUCGCGGUCAUACUUGGAGUAGAUCGGAAAUGGUACCUGCCGCUGGUCGUGUGUCGAGCGUUAAGUGUUGGGCCGGCGUUGUGGUGGGGGCUCAGGUGCGCCUUCACCUUCCUGGCGGAAUUACUGCGCAUCAGACCAGGAAGUAUGUGGAGGGAAGGUUGGGUUGCAAUUGUGGUUAGUAGUGCAGCGGCCGAUUGGGAUGUGGAGAGGAGGUUUAGGGUUACAGAGGUUGCGUUGGCGAUUAUGUGGUGCUGUGCAUCAGCAUAUCUAUCGUAUUUCUUCAUGGACUGCAUGAUGUCCCGGUGGCUCCUCAACUACAGCCCCCCAGCAGUGUUGAUUCGUCUCCUAGCUACAAACGGCCUCAUAGCAUACCUCACUUCCUCCGUCCUCUGGCUCUCAGGCGCCUCAUCUGAUCCACGCCUACUUUUACCGGCUUGGAUAUCAAUCACAACCACAUUAACAUUUCUCUACCACGCAACCCAAAACCACGCCAUGAUCAAACGUGAAACCACGGCUUCGAUCUCCGUGCUGUCGGUGGCGAGUUAUAUUAGCAUGUCGUUGAUACUUUUGCAGUUGCAUUUGACGCGCGAUAAUGAGCCCGAGGUUCCUGCGUUUGUGAUGGGACAGAAGGUGUUGGAUUGGAUUGGGGGGUUGACUUCGUCUCUCUCACCUUGA